AUGAAAAAAGGUGGAGCUGGAGGUGGCCAAGGUGGCGAUGAGAAUAAGAUUGGCAGUAAAUUCGGUAGAAAGCGCAACAAGAAAGGAGGAGAAGAAGAUGAUACUCCCAUUAGAACAAGAGUGAGAGAAUUCAUUGAAGGAAAGUAUAUAACAGUUUUAAUGUCAUUAACUACUAUUUUUGCUCUCUUUGGGGAUGAUUUGCGUCUUUGGUUCACAACAAAGGAUGCAGAUCCUCUGUUUUAUGGUGGUUUGAGCAUUUCAUUCCUUCUCUUUUCAGUUGAAAUUAUGAUAAACAGUUGUGUAGUUGAUGAUUUUAAAUACAGUUUCUUUUUUUGGCUUGAUAUGAUAGCUACUCUCAGUUUGAUUCCAGAUAUUGCUUGGGUUGUAGAAUUCAUUGAGAUUUUAAUGGGAAUGGCAUAGGAUAGUCAAUCUGCUGAUGUUUUCCCUGGACAAACUAAUAACUCCUCGGACGCUAGCUCAAAGGCCACAAAAGUAGUAAAAUCCUUGAGACUUAUCAGAUUGAUCAGAAUUAUUAAGUUGUAUAAGUAUGCUGUAAAAUCUAAUGCAGAAGUAGAGGAAGCAAAGCUAAGAGAACAACAAAAGCUAUCUUAAAAUGCAUAGCAGGCUGCUUUAAAGAGGGAAAUGGAGCCAUCAAGACUUGGAAAGGCGUUAUCGGAUACUACGACAAGAAGAGUUAUCAUUGGAGUUCUUGGAAUGCUGAUGAUUCUCCCUUUGCUUACAUACAGUGACUCAGAUUUUUCAUCAGAAUAUGGACUUAGAAAGCUAUUUUGGUACGGUAGAUCAAACUGUGCAAAUUAAUAAGGUAAUUUUGAGUGCUAGAGAGGUAAAUGGAUCACCUAAGAUGGUUGGGAAGAGAUUUUAAGAGAAUUCAUCGUUGCAGCUAGAGGUGUUGAGACAGAUGAGUUGGGUAGAACUUUAUUAUGGUUAUAUGUUCCUGAUUUCUCAAAAAAUGGUUCAAUGAGUGAGAUUGAUUCAGUUGUAGAUAAAUAAAAUAGAACUGAAAUAUAUUGGGAGCAAGAUGACUUGUGCUCUGGAUUUAUCGUCAGUAGUACAAACUGCAAUUUACGAUCAAAUGAAAUGGAACUAAUUAGUUAUAACCCUAUCUAGUGCAUGUCAGGCUAGAUAGGAAACUGUGCAGAACUAGUUGCAUAUGCUAGGUUUAAUGUAUAAUUUCAAAGCUAAUAAGAGGCUUACCUUCAGUUUGCUACAACAAUUUUUACCUGCUUCAUUUUAACUGUUGCUUCUCUUACAUUCUCUAAUGAUACUGAAGUUAUAGUAAUUGUGCCUAUUACGAAAAUGGUGGGUAUAAUCAAAACAUUAGCUGAUGAUCCCUUGUAGAAGCCUGAUCCGCCAGUUAUCUAGGAAGAGGAUCCUAAUGCAAAAAAUGAUAAAAAUCAGAUGAGAACAGUAGAAUUAGAGAAAACUAUUUACAGGAUAGGAAAUCUUCUACAAAUGGCUUUUGGCUAGCUGGGUGCUCUAAUAAUUAGAGAGAAUGUUUCGUCAGGUGAUGGUAGUCUUGAAAUUAUGAUACCAGGCCAUAGAAUCAAUGUAAUUUUCAUGGUAAUAAGAGUAAAUGAUUUCGUGGAGAUUUCAGAUACCCUCUAGGAAAAUACAACUGUAUUUUUAAAUAAGGUAAUAAAGAUACUGCAUGUUUGCGGAGAGAAAUGGAGUGGUUCUGCUAAUAAAAAUGAAGGCGAUAAGUAUCUACUUACUUGGAAACUUCCAGAUAUUGAAGAAAGUGAAAAUGAGAAAAAUGAACAGUAAUUAGAACUUAGAACAGAAUACGCUGAUAAGAGUCUAAUUACUGCUGUUAAAAUUGUUUCAGAAAUAAGGAGAGCAUCUGAAUUAGCAUCAUUCUCCAAGAAGCCUGAAAUUAUUAAGAAGUUUGGACCAAAUUAUAGACCUAACCUUAGCUUUGGACUUCACAUGGGCUGGACUAUUGAAGGUGCGAUAGGUUCUGAGUCAAAGAUUGAUGCGUGUUAUUUAAGCCCUCAUUUGUAAAUAGCAUAUAGAAUUGAAGAACUGUGUCAUCACUACGAUAUGCAGAUAUUGAUUACUGAGUCAAUUUAUAAUUUGAUGAGUCUUAAGGCUAGAAACACUCUGAGAAAGAUUGAUGUUAUAAUUAUGAAUGAGAGUAAGGAACCAAGAGGAAUCUAUACUUUCGAUUUAAGUUUUAAUAAUCAAGAAUAAAUGACUAUUCCUGAUGAUCAUGAAUGUGGAGACUUAAUCAAACUGUAAGAAUACGAGUCAAUCAAUAUUGAGAGUUUCAAAAAUAAAGGAGUAGAUUAUAUGUUCACACUGGAUAGUGAUAUUGUUGGGCUACAGUAGCAUAUCUAAGAGUUCAACCCUAUUUUCAGAUAGGCAUUUAAAUGUUAUAUAUCUGGUGAUUGGUAAAAUGCUUACGAAAGCAUUGAAAGAUGCUUAGAGCUCUGGGAAAAUGAUGGUCCAACUAAAGCUAUUCAAGUCUUCAUGUCUUAUUUCUAAUUCAAUGUUCCUGAUACUUGGAAUGGUUAUAGAGAUGUUGAUGAAAAACUCAACUUUGAUGAAUUAAACAGAUAUCUAGAAGAGUAGGAGGAAGAGGAGGCUAACAAUGCUAAUCCAAAUGCUAGUUUACAGUAGCAAAUCCCGCCUAGAAAUAUAGAAAGCUAGAUAACAAUGACAACUAAUAAGAACUGA